GAAGUUUCCAGGUAUUUCACGAGUGCCAUAUAACAGCCAACUAUUUCAACAGCUGUCCAACCAACGAUAUAAUGAACCAAAAUCUCUUGUUUGUAUUUUUGCUCUGCGCCGCGCAGGGCCAGGCGGAACUCUCCGGAUUACUAAGUGCCCUCCAGUAUUUCGGGCUCUUCUCAAAUUUGACGGUGUAUUCCCUGGGAGUUUCGCGGGGCCAGUGCCAUUAUAGCUUCGAAACCUUGCUGAAGGAGCGACACACAUGUGCCCCGGAUGACGAGCACAUCAUGCACCUAAACCAGCUGCCUCCGGUUCGAAAGCCACCUAUUAUGAUGAAGUGCCUGCAGCGGGAUAUCGAGAAUGAGACAGCAUCCGAGCCGGAACUGCUGAUAAUGCGCAGUGCCAAGGAUAUAGUGAAUCUGCUUAAGCCCAUGGGCAAUGCCACCAAGCGCCACGAGCCGGGCAACUGUGUACUUGUCCAUUUCUGCACCGCAUCCAGCUUGGAGUGCGCUCGUGUGGCUUCGAUGGUCAACGUGCUGCCCCAUUACUUUCCCACGCUACCCAUCGCCUAUGUGGAUGCCUAUGAGUUUGGUCGUUUCAAUGCAGAAUUCGGCAUCGUUUCGCUGCCCACACUGAUGCUAUUCCACCAGGGCAGGCCGCUAAUCAAAUUCGAGCCCGGGUGGAAGGACACAAAGAGCAGCUUUGCCAGUUUCAUAAUGAGUCACACCAAUAUGAAGACUGUGAAUCCGCAGGCCAUUGAUCCGAUCAUCCUCACUCGCGCAGAGAUGGAGCCGCUGUCUAAUAAACCCAUUGUGCAGACGGAUUACUAUUUGGGCCUGGCUUGGGCCUUUAUUCUCGUCUGCCUUGCCAACUUCCUGCGUAAGACGGCGCUCUGGAAGCAGCUGGUAGAGAUGGUGCAGCGCAUUUGGCGGGAAUCCGAGGAGACGCAAAUGGAGAUGGUGGACUAGUUAGUUAAUACGUUUAAUUCUCUAUAAGUCGCAUAAGUAGAACACUGGAUUUACUAUUAUAAUGUAAUUACCAUUUAAUUAAAUUCACGUUAACAUUU